UUUUUCCCCUACAUGAGAGAUUUCGCGGGUUCGAGCGCGCUCCCCCCGUUUCGAGUAAUCUUUUGAGUACUUGAAGUAUGGAGCAAUACCCAGAUUUACAAGAGGACCUGAGUCUGGAAGAUACCAGUGAGUCUCUCAAUCAGCUCAAGUUGGCCUCUCUAGAUGACAAAAAUUGGCCAUCAGAUGAAGACCCUGUUUUCCCAAAGUCUGAUGAUACCAAGAGCACCCCGGAUUCUGCCUCACAUCUGCGAUGGGACGAUCCAUACUAUGACAUUGCUAGGCACCAGAUUGUGGAAGUAGCAGGUGAUGAUAAGUAUGGGCGGAAAGUAAUUUUGUUCAGUGCCUGUCGGAUGCCUCCUAGCUAUCAGCUCGAUCACGUGAAGCUGCUAAGCUAUUUAAAGUAUACAUUGGACCAGUAUGUGGAGAGUGACUACACCCUAAUAUAUCUGCAUCAUGGUCUGACCAGUGAAAACAAACCAUCUUUAGGUUGGCUGCGGGAUGCCUACCGGGAAUUUGAUCGCAAAUACAAAAAGAACAUCAAAGCAUUGUUCAUUGUGCAUCCAACUAUCUUCAUCAAGACAUUGCUGAUUCUCUUUAAGCCCUUGAUCAGCUUUAAGUUUGGAAGAAAGAUAUUCUAUGCAAACUAUCUGAGUGACCUUGAGGAGCAUGUGAAGUUGGAACAGUUGGGAAUCCCAAGCCAGGUGCUAAAGUAUGAUGAGUAUUUGAGAUCACUACAAAAACCUACCCAGGUGCCUCAGAAAGUAACACCACCCCGUCCGCCUCUGCCAAAUCAGCAGUUUGGAGUUUCUCUCCAACAGCUGAGGGAGAAGAACUCAGACCGGAAUCCUAUCCCAUUGGUGAUCAGAGAAACCAUUGCUUAUCUACAACAGCAUGCUCUUACCACACAGGGGAUUUUCCGGCGAUCUGCAAAUACACAAACAGUAAGAGAGGUUCAACAGAAAUACAACAUGGGAUUGCCUGUGGAUUUUGCAACAUACGAGGAUGUGCAUCUUCCAGCUGUGAUUCUCAAGACCUUCUUGAGGGAUCUGCCUGAGCCUCUGCUCACCUUUGGUCUCUACAGUGAUGUUGUCAAUUUCUACAGUAUGGAAGAAGAAAAGAGUAUAGAUAUUGUUCGCAAAACACUUCAGACUCUCCCAGAGGAAAACUAUCAAGUUCUGUGUUUAUUAAUGAACUUUCUUGGGCAGGUCUCUGCCAACAGCGAUAUCAACAAGAUGACCAAUGCCAAUCUGGCAGUAGUAUUUGGCCCAAAUCUGUUGUGGGCUAAAGAUGCAGCUAUAACCCUCAAAGCCAUCAAUCCUAUCAACACCUUUACCAAGUUCCUCUUGGACAACCAGGUGCAGCUUUCCCAGAACACAGAGGCUUGAGCCAUAACCUGUUUGUGUUAGCACGCUCUGUGUCCACUGUGAUCAUUCCUUUCUUCU